AUGGCUGCCCGUGUGAUCGCGGCGGCGCUGAUUGCGGUGGCCGCCGGCCAAGAGCCGCUAAGCCUCGACGACGAGUGCGCCGGCGAGGAGCAAUGUGCUCUGAACGCACUGCAGCGGCGAGGUGAGGCCGUGUCGGCACUGGAGAAGACGGCAGAAGCUGCCGGUGCUCCGAAGUGCGAGGCCCUCCAUCAUCCCUCCAACAACAUCUGCCGUUCGACGGUCGAAUGGGCGCACAGGGGCGGAAAGUACGACCGACAUGGGCCACAGUGGUUUGCCGACAUGCAGUCCAUUUCCGGUGUGGAUUACCACACAGCCAGCAUUGGCGACUGGCAAAAGCUCUACUUUUGCGCACCUCCCGGAGGCAAACAGUGUGGGUCGCCGCCGUGCACCUGCACGAACCCUCCAUGUGAUGUCUGCUUCCAGGGAAAGAGCAAAGCCAAAUGCAGCGAUCCCGACAGUAUCGCGUGCAAGCCACCAGCCACGGCGCUGGACUACAACGGGAUGGCUUGGGAGGACAUGAACGUCUCUGGCACAGGUCCCUUCCACGUCUUUGCCAUCGGUGACUGGGGUGGCUUGGACGGUACACUGCACCCGAUUGAGGGGCGGCCCAACCUCAUUGCCUACCCGGCAGGAACGAAAGCAGGACCAAGCGUUUUCCCAAGGACGCGCUUCAACAAGCCGCACACAAAGCUGCUCUGCAACCACAAGCAGUUUGUCGAGUGCUACAAGACGAUGGGACGAGUGUGCGAUCCCGGAUGUGGUUUCGUGAAGGGCAUCGAUGAUCAGCCCCAGUUGCUGGUGGCCAGCUCCUUCAAGAGUCGCGCGGCCAAAGUGGACCCCGUCUUCAUCCUCAACGUAGGCGACAACUUCUACUGGGGCGGUAUCGAAAAGACCUGCGGCACGCCAAUGGACGAGCUGUCCUACGUGACCCACCACCAGUUCGACCAAGUCUUCGAGAACAUUUACAACGGGCCUGGCUUGGAUGGCAAGCCGUGGCUGAGCGUCUUGGGGAACCACGACUGGGGAGGCCGCGUCUUCAACAACGGCUGGGAUCAGCAGAUUGCUUACACCUGGCACAGCGACCGCUGGAGACUGCCGGCGGCAUACUGGAGCCAGCACGUGAACUUCGUGGAUGCCGGGUUCACCAUGGACAUCUACAUGGUCGACUCGAAUUCCCAGGAUGCGGAGGAUCCACCUCUGGACCCCGAGCACAACAUCUGCGGAUCCGCACACAAUCCGCCUGGAGCAAACUGCGCGUCGCAAGGUGGACCGACUUCUGUCGCGACAUGCAAGGCAUGGUUUUGGGCCUUGUGGCGCAAGAACCAGGAGUGGCUGACAGAGCAGCUGAGCAAGUCCACGGCGGACUGGCAGCUAGCCGUCACACAUUUCCCGUGCGGGUUCGAGAAGAACUAUUGGGCAGGACUGCACCAGCAGCACGGACUGGACCUGCUCGUGACCGGACACCGCCACGACCAGGAACUUUGGAGUCCUAGCAGGCUGGGAGGACUCACGUGCUUCGUGACCGGCGGCGGCGGAGGCAUCUCUUCUGAAGCCACUCCGAACAUCCACAACAAGAGGGAUUGGUACGGCGAGGCCCAGUACGGCUUCUACGAUCUCUUGAUCUCCAAAACUUCCAUCCUCAUCACCUCAAUCAACUGGAACGGCUACGAGAUCAUGACCCGCACGGUGUACCCCAAGGCGUAA